CCGAGAGACUCUCUUCUGCGCCAUGGUGUGCUUUUCGUUAGUUCAGUCGCACACGUGUCCACGUCGGCAUCGAAAGUAACCUAUUCUGCCUUAACAUGCGUGUCGCAAUAGAGCUGCCAAGUCUGUCGGGGCCAUCCUCGUCUCCUAAGAAUCUCAGCUCCGUCGUUUCAUCCCAAGCCCUCGUCGCAGACAAACCCCCCGAAGCCCAGCAAUCCCCGCAUCUCCAGCAUGUGUCAACGUACCCUACACCUGUCAACAGCGGAUCGCGCUUUCUCGUCGCGACAGAAUCUGAAGCGAAACCUAGAUUCAACUCUUAGCGAAAGCCGUUGGCCCGCAUCUCCGAGUCUGAUUCUCGCCGCCAACGUUACCUAGGUCGACAUUUCCAACGAAAGCUAAACCUAAAAAUCGACUUUGCGCUCCUUUGCACGCGAUGGUCGGUUACCACAUGCACCACGACGCGUGGUCGGAACUUGUCAGCGAAGCUAAUGCCAUUUGGCAUAGCACGACCAACAACGCCAUCCCGUUCCUCGCGAGCCGAGAGGGCACCCAUAAGCUCACAGGAAAAAGCAAUCCAAAACCUCAACAGCAAUAUUCACUUCAACCGAGAACGCGCAUUGCAGCAGAACGGGCAGCGGCAGAUAUGGCAUGGAAGGUACCAGUACAGAGUGCUGGCCGGAUUCACGAGUCUUGUCCAACAUGCAUGUCAUCGAAUUCAACAACCCACCACCAAGCCGCACACAACCCCUUAUGAACUUCCACCAUUGUCACCACCCUCCCCACCAGCACCCGCCCACCGCCCGUCUCCACAGCAGCCUGAGCGAGUGUUGCCCACCACCACGAGGAUCGUGCCCAUGUCCGCCAGCGCGGCCGGCCACAGCCAGCCCCAGCACAGCGCCCUUUACUGCCACCGACACAGCCACAUUCUCAAGCACCACCCACCGCACCGCCCGCCCCAGCCACAGCGCCCGCGCCAGCUAGCGCAGAUCGUCUACCAUCAGUGCCACGUCAGCGCGACGAGGGCGGGCGCGUCGUUGAUGCUGUCGCCGCCACAGCCGCCACCUUGCCCAUGAGUGCCACAAUUCCAUGUCAAUUCUUAGAUCGUCCUUCCACUCAGCAACACUCUCCCAGUCACUGCGCUAGUACAUCUCCCUCCUGUCUCUUCAUUCCCCUCCUUUUCCCCCCGCCUGAUCCCUCCUCCCUAGGCCCGAAGCUCCACAACCAGCAUCCCCCCCCCCACUUUCCCUCACCCACCUCCCUCAUCCCCCGUGCCCGUCUGGCCUGCUGCUCCACACGGCUGGCGGCCCCAGCAUUGUCGCCUGUGAGCAUGGCCACAUGCAGCCCCAGCCCCCACACCAGCUGCCCCACUGCCUCCACUGCUUCCGACCGAAGCGACUCCGCCGUGGCAAUGGCUGCCUUGGGAUGGCCGUCCACCCCGAGCCACACCACCGUGGCCCCGAUGCCGAGCCAGUGGGCGAGGGCUGAUGCAGCCCGGAUAAGGGACCGGGAGGGGGAUCGAGUUAUGACACAGGCAGAAACGGGGGAGACAAGGUAGUGGCGGCCUGAAGCCCAUGGUGCAGCAUGCCUGGUGACUUUCAGACAGGAAGGGUCAAUAACUGGCCUUCCGAAAUCUUCUAUGCCCUUAUCAAAGCAAGGGUCAGCUACUAGCGAGCUCCAGAUAGAGCAUCUCACCAUGCGCAAAUGCACCUCACCAUGCGUCAAUGCAUCUCACCAUCGUCAAUGCAUCUCACCAUCGUCAAUGCAUCUCACCAUGCGUCAAUGCAUCUCACCAUCGUCAAUGCAUCUCACCAUGCGUCAAUGCAUCUCACCAUGCGUCAAUGCAUCUCACCAUGCGUCAAUGCUUCUCAGCAUGCGUCAAUGCAUCUCACCAUGUGUCAAUGCAUCUCACCAUGCGUCCAUGCAUCUCAGCAUGCGUCAAUGCAUCUCACCCUGUGUCAAUGCAUCCUACCAUGCGUUCAUGCAUCUCAGCAUCGUCAAUACAUCUCAGCAUCGUCAAUACAUCUCAGCAUCGCCAAUGCAUCUCACUAUGCCUCAAUGCAUCUCACCUAGUCAAUGCAUCUCAUCCUGCGUUAAUGCAUCUCACCAUCGCCAAUGCAUCUCACUAUGCGUCAAUGCACUGCGCCAUGUGUCAAUGCGUCGCACCAUGCGUCCAUGCAUCUCAGCAUGCGCCCAUGCAUCCACCAUCUGUUAGUGCAUCUCACCAUGCGUCCUUGCAUCUCACCAUAAGUGCAUGCAUCGCACCAUGUGUCAAUGCAUCCCACCAUGUGUCCGUGCAUCUCACCAUGCGUCAAUGCAUCUCACCAUGCGUCAAUGCAUCUCACCAUGCGUCCAUGCAUCUUUGUCGCAUUCCCUUUCCCCGAUGGCCCCACUCACCCUCCUAGCCCGGCUUCUCCAGCACCUUUCCUUUCCUUCUCUGAUACGUGAUUGUCACUGAUUUCUCCCGCUCCAUAAGAAAAGCUCCACGGAAGC